AUGCUCAGCGGCACCUUCGAGCCUCCGCAGGUCUUCCAGCACACCAACCUCGUACGAACCGUCAACCUGGAGAAGGAGUACCCUCGCGAGACGAUCAAUGUCGUCGUCGAGAACAUCGACUCGAAGCCUCAGCAGGACUACUACCUACCAUUCCCUCAGGACUUGAUUGCCAGAAUCGGAGGCCUGGACGUCAAGGACAAGAACAAGCCCGACGCCAUCUUCCCUAGCCCGGAGAUUGUUGGCAUUGACACAUACAGGUGA